UCUGUCAAUGGUCAGGGGGGUACCCUGCUCACAUAGCCUCCCAACACCCAAUGUCCUCAUGUUACCACGCUUCGAGGAGACAAAUCGAGCCUAGCAUGGGACUUGCGAUGAGCCUCCCGCAUGGCCAGAAGCCCUCCAUGUCUGUUGUACAGUCAUCUUCCAUGUGUCUAUUGCUGGAUUAUAUCUGAGAACCAAUAAUUGCCGGUAAGAAGUAUUUGAAUUCGUGUCCCCCCGUCUGGGUUUCCUAGAUCAGCACUCAUUCCAUCACAAACGUUGUAACACACCCAUCCCCGAGCGAUUGAAACUAUGGCGUCUGCAUCACGUACCGUUAAUCUUCAUCCAGCGAAUUACCUUCCUGACACACUUGAGACAACGACGUUCGACAUCAUCGUGAUUGGGAGCGGGCCAUGCGGACGUCAAGUUGCCUCAAAAACAACUGCCUCGGGUCUCACCACCCUCAUUAUCGAGGAUGAACUCUGGGGUGGUGACUGUCCUUUCUGGGCGUGCAUGCCAUCCAAAGCCAUCUUGAGACCUGGAGAGGCUCUCGCAGCUGCUAGAAUGCUGGGUGGCGCCAAGGAGUUGAUCGCCACCAAUCGACUCGUCGACGUCGAAGGCGUCUUCGCCAGACGGGACAAGAUCGUGCACAACUAUGACGAUCAAUGGGUUGUCAAUCUGUCAUUGGGCCAAAAAUGCACGGUUGUGAGAGGAAGAGGGUCUCUGGUUGGCGACAAGAAGGUCCUCGUACGGAAUGGAAAUGGCCAGCAGAAGACCUUGACGGCGACCCACGCUGUUGUGCUAUCAACUGGUUCCGAACCUAUUAUUCCUGACAUCAAAGGAAUUGAAACAAUUGAUUACUGGACUCCAAGGGAGGCUACGUCGGCGAAGAGUGUACCUGGGCAUUUGAUCAUCGUUGGCGGUGGUGUGGUUGGUUCAGAAAUGGCCACUGCGUUUUCGACUUUUGGAAGCAAAGUCACACUGAUUUGUCCAAACUCUGAAAUACUACCGAAAUUCGAGCCACAGGCUGGAAAGCUUGUCAGAGAGGCAUUGACCGCACAAGGAGUUGAUUUCCAUUUGUCUGCCAAGGUAGUCGAAGUAUGGAAAGAGGAUGAUGGAUACACAUCGGUCAAGCUGACAACAGGGAAGAUUGUGACUGGUUCAGAUGUGUUGUUGGCUGCAGGCAGGAAGCCUCGGACGAGAGGCAUUGGGCUGGAAAAUGUUGGACUGACACCGUCUUUGGAAGUUGAUCCAACAAUGCUUGUCAAGCCCUUGGAAGGAAUGUGGCUUUAUGCUGUUGGCGAUACAAAUAUGCGAUCGUCAACGACACACAUGGGCGAGUAUCAAGGACGAGUUGCGGCGAACGCGAUUGUUGCUCGUGCGCGAGGUGAGAAUGUGUCCGAUACGAAACCGUGGAGCAGUUUCAAUGCCACAGCAGACAACCUGGCUGUCUCCCAAGUAGUGGUCACCGACCCGCAUCUGGCAAGUGUUGGUCUCACGUUGGCCGAGGCACGCAAAAGAGGUAUUGAUGCGAAAGAAGUGGCCGUCGGUUUCAAUUUUCCUGGUGCUUGGGUAUUUGGCGAAUUCAACUAUGAAGGAUGGGCCCAAUGGGUCGUCAACGCAGAGAAGAAUGUGCUGGUAGGCGCAACCUUCGUUGGGAGAGAAGCAGGCGACCUCCUUCAUCCCAGUACCGUCGCCCUAGUUGGCGAAAUACCCCUGGAUCGACUGAUUCAUGCUGUCCCAAGCUUCCCAACCAGAAGUGAAGUGUAUGGGUUGCUUCUAGAGAAGUGGUUGGCUAUGAAGGGCAAAUAG